UUGAGAAGGAAAUAAGAAACGAUUUCUGCUUUCUUCUAUCAUUUCGCAUCUAAGAGUGAAAAGUCCUCAACGAAUUUAAUUAGAAUUCGUUUUUUUUUUGUCAAAAAUGUUUAAUAUUUAGUUAUCAUGGUGGUACUUCGGGGAAUCUAGGCUUUUUGUCGUUAUUUCUUUCUAUCGUUAAAGGAUGUCUAUGCAGAGAGAGUUGAGCUCUUUUGCACUGUCUCCUCAACACAUCCACAAACUCACAAAGGCUGGAUAUGUGGUCGUAGAAGACCUAAAAGGAGUGACCCCGACUCAACUAAGUGAUGGUAAGCGAAGAUCCCCAUCUAUAUCAGAAAAUGGUUCUCCGCCAAAUACCRUCUCCAGCCCAAGAAGUAGAAGUGCCUUGGAAAUGUUACAGCAAGAGCAAAAUGCAAGUUGUGUUGUAACGUUCUGUGAACGCUUGGAUGACAUGCUUGGUGGAGGGGUGCCUACUGGAAAAAUUACUGAGUUUUGUGGAGCCCCUGGCAUUGGAAAGACACAGAUUGGAAUGCAGCUUGCUGUUGAUGUUCAGAUUCCAGAAGAGUUUGGAGGUGUUGAUGGAGCAGCUGUUUAUAUUGAUACAGAAGGAAGUUUCAUAGUGGACAGAGUUGUUGAUAUUGCUUCAGCUGCUAUCAAGCACCUGGAAAAUGUUACAGAGUCAGCAGACCUGGAUGAAUCUGAAAGAAAUCUACAAAUUGAAUCUCUCAAGGAUUUCCAAGUAGAGAAAAUCUUGUCACGCAUUUACAUUUUUCGAUGUCAUGAGUACAUUCAGCUAGUUGCUCUUUCUCAUCUUCUACCAGAAUUCCUGAAAGAACAUCCUAAGGUGAAGUUGAUCGUGGUAGACAGCAUUGCAUUUCACUUCCGUCAUGACUUUGAAGACAUGGGUCUAAGAACACGUCUCUUGAAUGGACUUGCGCAGACCUUCAUCAGAUUGGCAUGUGAAAACCAGUUAGCUGUUGUUUUGAUGAACCAGAUGACAACUCGAGUACGUCAGAAUCAAAUCGGCCAAUCACAUCUCAUACCAGCUUUAGGUGAAAGUUGGGGCCAUGCUAGUACUAUACGAAUCGUGCUUUACUGGGAAAACAAGCAGAGACUCGCGACUUUGUAUAAAUCACCCACAAAGCAAGAAAUGACUGUCCCCUUCCAAGUUACAUCCAGUGGAAUACGCGAUUUGUGGGACCCCACAGAAGAUACCAACAACAAUAAUGACGAGGCCAAAUCAMCAGGAAAACCAGCUGAGUACAACGAAGACGAGAAGCCAUUCAUUAAUACCACUCAACCCUCCGAUGAUAUGGCGAAUGAAAAUGAGAACAUUCUUGAUGAAUCACGAGGAAACACUCAGUCGAGAAAAAGAACUUUUGAUGAAAUAGAUUUAUGAUUUUUCUAUUUAGAAGUUCAUAAUUUCAAACAUUGACGAAGACAAAAGAGAUAUAUUUUGAUAACUUAAUUUCGAAAUAUUUGACUAACUCUAAAUGAAUUUAAUGUAGGGUUGGUUCUGGCUUGUACUUGUAGAAGUCAGUUUUUAAUGCUGUAAAGUUGGAUUUUGUAUAGUUGAUUUAUUUUG